AUGUUCCGCUACGUGAAGGGAGCCCAGAGAGAGGCAGGGGGGAAAUCUAAGGAACCAAUCGCAAUUGUUGGGGUGGCAUUUCGUCUGCCUGGGGCCAACAAUAGGCACACGUUGUGGGGUAAUUUGAUGAGUGCAAAGGACUCGGUCGGUUUGGUGCCAAGCAACAGGUGGACAAAGGAGAAGGGGUGUCGAAGGCUUAAAAAGGAAAGUGUGCCAAUAAAGGCGGGUUUCAUUGACUGGGAUGUGGGUAAAUUUGACGCCAAUUUUUGGGGACUGUCACCCUUGGAGUUGGGUUUCAUCGACCCACAGGCCAGGCUUAUGCUACAAUUGAGCUGGGAGGCCCUCGAGGACGCCGGAAUUCCCCCAUACUCCCUACGUGGAACUUCGUCUUCUGUGCAUGUAGGCAGUUGGAGGGAUGAGUAUAAGGAUCUGAUGUUGUCUUCUGGAUCUACGGAAGGAGGGGAGGAGCUACGCCGUUACCUGGGGUGCUCAAUAGGGAACGCUGCAGCAAGGAUUGCUCAAUUUUUCAGAAUAACAGGUCCGACCGAAGGCAUUGAGGCCGGAUGUUCUUCAUCAUUUUGCGCAAUUGAUGCCGCUAUUCGUCAUUUGCGAAGCGGAAGGUCAAAUUUGGCCCUUGCUGGCGGAGCAAAUCUCAUCGUGAAACCUUACGAGUACCACGAUUUCCAGGGAGUAUUAUCCCCCGCUGGUCGGUGUAAGGUUUAUCAAGCAGAUGCUGACGGUUUUGCAAGGGCGGAUGGUGGAAUUAUCUACGUUCUUAAGCGAGUUUCGGAUGCUAUAAAGGAUGGCGAUCACAUUCUUGGAGUCAUCAAGGGCUCCGGAUGUUCGCAAGAUACUCUAAGCCGAAACGUAGGUACCCCAACCGUGGAAGGCGAAUCAGCAGCUAUGCUACUGGCCCUUGCAGAUGCAGAGGUCAAUCCGGUGGAUAUCGAUUGGGUGGAAAUGCACGGAACCGGAACUCGCGUGGGUGAUCCCGUCGAGGUUGCAUCUACUAGACUAGCAUACCAAAUAUCGUCAGGCGAAAGAACGCGACCAUUGAUCAUUACCUCUAUCAAGGCGAAUAUUGGCCAUACGGAAAGCGUGUCAGGAGGGGCUGGCCUGCUCAAAGUCCUUUUGUCAAUGGAGCACGAAUCCAUUCCACCUCAACUUCUAACUGCCGACCUCAAUCCAGAAAUCGACUUUAAAGGGCUAAUAAUACCGAGAGAGUCACUUGGCUGGAAGGGGGAACUUGCCGGCGUUUCUUCAUUUGGCAUCUCGGGUACUAAUACUCACUUAAUCGUGGAACGUGUCCGUCAACUACCAACAGAAAUAAGUAAUCUGCCCUUCAACAAACGUGUACCGCUCUACAUACUCCCCAUAUCAGCAAAGUCUGCUACCGCACUUACAGAUUUGAGAAAUAAGCAUGCCGAGGCUUUGGAGUUGUUGGUGGAGCAGGAUGGCGACGACCUAUUAGCAGCCUACUGCUACUCGGCGGCCACGUGUAGACACCACUUUGAUGAAUAUCGAUCAGUUUCAAUGGGUAGCAACCGUUCCGAUCUAAUUGAAGCUCUGCGGCUGGACAACUCCGAGUCAGUUGGUCGAAAGAAGCCCAAAGGAAACUCGACCGCUGGACAUACUCCUAUUUCUUUUCUCUUUCCUGGCGAAGGUUGUCAAUAUGUCGGCAUGGGAUUAGAGUUGUAUGAUUCAUGCUCUUCUUACCGUCGCCACUUUGAUGAAGUAAACUCCCUCUUCAUCCAAUUCACAGGGAUAAACCUCCUUGAAUGGCUAAAGGGUGAUACUCAUAUACCCCUCUGUCCUCUGCUUUGCACGUUUGCUGUUGAGUACUCACUAUUUAAUAUGUGGAUCGAGUGGGGUGUAAAACCCAACUUGUGUGUCGUUGGUCACUCAUCUGGGGAAGUGGCCGCAGCUACAGCUGUUGGUGAGCUGGAUCUAGCUACCGCAGUGCAACUGAUGGCAUCCCUACGAAAAAAUGUUUUGGAGACAAUGGAGUCAGGGCGUAUGGUCGUCCUCAUGGCAGAUGAGUCAUUGACAAGAAAAAUGAUUCAGGAAUAUUCAUCGAUCUAUAUUCUGGGGAAUAAAUCCGAGGAAGACUGGAUCGACAUUGCAGCCUUUAAUUCUUCGAAUCAGACAGUUGUGUCAGGGCCCAAGGAAACCAUGGAAAAAUUUGCCACCUACGUCCGCACAAAUUAUGCUAUAAAAUCCACCCUUAUUAAUCACGUUAAUCAUGCUUAUCAUUCACGGUCGUUUGAGAAAGGAUCGACUGUAUUUAAAAUGGAACUGGAUAAAUUAGCAUUUUCUACCCGACAUCGUAGCGUUGAGUAUAUCUCGUCAACGUAUGGACGGAAAUUGGAGGACUCGGAAGACUUGGGUGCUGCUUAUUGGUCAAGAUGCUUUAAACAACCUGUAAAAUUUAUUGAAUCUUCUGUCGCUGCUACCGCUGUCCUUGGUGCUAGAUUAUUUCUUGAAAUUAGCCCGCAACCUGCGAUCAGUCCUAUAAUGGUGAAGAACUGCUCUGACCCUGAGCUCGUCUGUAUUCCCUCAAUCAGGAGAAAUGUUCCGAAUUGGACCACUUUAUCGGAGGCCAUCGCUACUCUGUACCUACAUCGUGUUGAGCUCGAUUGGACACAAAUCUGGACCAGCUUGGUUGGUGUCAAUAUAUUGCAUAAAAAAGUACCUCAUCUUCUACCUACAUAUCCUUUCCAAAAUGAGGGUCCUUUUUGGUUCAACACUUCAGCAAUUCAAAGAUGCGAGGCUGGAGUUAGAUAUAAAUCUAAAAUUAUUCACCCUUUGCUUGGCUUAAUGUUCCCGGUGGCUCAAUGUGGGAUAACAAAUCGUAUGUCAGUCUUUGAAACUUCUACGGAGGACUUGCUGGACAGAGCGGGAAGCUGGCUGCGGGAUCAUAAAAUAGGGCCCCACAAUAUAUUUCCUGCAGCUGGAUAUAUGGAGAUGGGGUUUGCGGUUGUGACCACGCUUAGCAUAGGAAAGGAAAAGCUGUGUGGAAUCAACUUGUCCGACAUAGUCAUUAAAACAGUUCUGUCCCUAGAUGUGAUGUCAGUCAUCCAAACAAAUGUGAUUUACGAUGGUGAAAUGUUCAACAUCUGCAUAUCCAGCCGGCGGGAGACUGAGAACAGUGGGUGGCAGUUACACGCAUCGUUAAAUGCCAAAGUAGUUCAACCUGGCUUUGGCUCGCUAAACCAAGAAGAAUAUCUGGAGAACUUUACUGGUGCAUCAAUGCCGUCACCUUAUAUCGAGAUGUCAGACUUGGGAUAUAAAUUCGGUCCGCAAUUCAAAUCAUUGGUGAAUUUAAAAUCGUCCAACCUCCCCGCAAGUUGUUCGGUCACAGCAGACGUAACACCACCGACACUUGAACAUGAUAGAGAUGAAGUCGGAAGCUUUGUGGUUCAUCCCACACUAUUGGAUGCUUUAAUUCAGGCCGCUCUUAUUGCACAACCAGGUCCUCUGGCAACUUUGAGGGUGCCGAUAAAGAUUUCGUCAGUGGAUGUACUGUCCCACCAUAUUGCUGGCGAUAACCUCGAGCCUAUUUGUGAUCAUCAGCUUCGUGUCCAGGCUGGAUUGAAUUCCAGCACGUUGUUUGUCCACGGAAAUGAUUCAGUAUGGCAUGCCCAGGUUUCGAUUACCAACCUGACCACAAUCAACACAACCGUAGAAGCGAUUCAAAGAAUGACUAACGUAAGGACAAAUACCAAUAACCGUGCUGAGGAGGACAACGUGUUACCUCUAUUUAUAGAGGAAUGGACUGCAGAGAACAAAUUAAAUAUUAUUUCCAUGAGCAGCACUGGAAUACAUGAACAGUUUUCGACCUUUAAGGCAAUCUCCCGGAAUAGCGAAGAAAUUCAAGAGUAUAAGCGAAUUGCUUCAUACAUAAGGACACGAAUUGCUGUAACAUUAAAGUUGCUCGGAUUCUGUUUCUUACCUUACGAGAGUUUCACACUUGGCGAAAUUGCUUCCCGUCUCGGCUUAUGUCACAUUGCACCAGCUUUUUUGGCAAGGCUGCUUCACUAUGCCGGUCAGGCAGGCCUCUUGAAUGAAGUGUCCGCAACAGAAUACGUCGCAUUACCGCAUUCGGACUUUGGUAUGACCGAGAAUCCCUUACAUCAUAAGGACAGCAUUUUGCGAGAUGACUGGGCUUUUACGGAGUUUUACAUUUCGAAAUUGGACAACUUUCUUCGUGGAACGGAAUCCAUUCUUCAUCACCUCUUCCCUCCCUCCCUUCCCACAUUGGAACAACCAACUGGAAAUGUUAAUAGUCAAACAGUUUCAAUCCCUGAUUUCUCCGCGGAACGGCUGUACCGGACUACCGUGCUGUGUUCCACUCUAACCGAAAAUUUAAUUUCCAUCUUUGCCACUUUCAUGAAAAACAACUAUACAGGUUUGCGCAUUUUAGAAGUUGGGGCAGGCACUGGUGCGGCUACACGAGAACUUCUACACUAUCUUCACGGUUCCUCGUCAACUUACACCUUCACGGACAUCUCGACAAAUUUCCUCAAUAGAGCAGAAGAUUCCUUACCCCACGUCCCUGGGGUGGAGGUGGACUUCCGUAUCCUAGACGUGGAGAAAGAUGUCCUUGCACAGGGCUUCGAAAAAGAAGCAUUCGAUGUCAUAAUUGCGAUGAACGUAUUGCAUGCCACUACUGAUCUAGGAAAAGUGCUUGGCAAUCUGCGUUUAUUGCUUCGACAGGGCGGUAACAUAUUCGUCGCCGAACAACUCCGCCCAUGUGCAUUCAUAGAUAUCGUCUUCGGACACUGUAAGGGAUAUUGGCUCUUCAAGGACGACGUUAGAUCAGGCCACUGCCUAAUUGAUGGAGAAGCAUGGAAGGUAUCCCUUCAGUCUGCAGGGUAUAAAAAGGUAUCAAUUGUAGAAAAUACUGAUUUCGAUGUUGGAGUAAUUAUCGCUACGGCCAACGAAGAUGAGCCAUCACCUUUCCUUAUAAUUUCUACAACUGAUGAUGAUGACUUUGCGGACCAGUUACAAGCUUCAAAUAAUGGACAUGGGACAAGGUGCAAUAUUAAUAAUCAAAAAAUUUAUGUACAACCAGGCGACAAGAUCGUGUAUUGCUUCCCACAUUCGCACACGUACUAUACUCGGGAGUUGAAUCAGGAGCGAGAACAAUUGAAGCACUUCCUUGCAUUUUCGCAGGCCCUACUAUCGAUUGGAAAGGUGGAAAUCUUCCUUGUGAGUCAUGGAAUCAUGCCAAUCCGAGAUGAAGAGGACCGCUAUCCGGUUGCUGGAGCAAUACGUGGGUUCUCAAGAUCUCUCGCAAACGAAAUGCUGGAACUUGACAUAGUGUGGAUAGACCUUGAUAACGAUGAAGACGCCAACCAGCGGGCCAACGAAAUAAUCAUGGAAAUUAAAAAUAGACAAAAAUUACGAGGUCGUAGCGAGGAGCCAUUUGUAGCCUAUCGAGGGGGAGUACGCCAUGUAGGAAAGUUUGCCCCAUUCGUGUCUCCCUUCGCCACCCUACCGCUAAGCCAAACAGAGAACCCUGUCCAAUUAAGACUUCCUCAAUCCUGCGCCCUCGAGGACUUACAAUGGGACUAUUCAACUACACUUGGACCAGAGAAAUCCUUUCCCGACGACCACAUUCAAAUCCGGGUCCACGCGUCCGGAUUAAACUUCAGAGAUAUUUUGUCUAUCAGAAAACCAACUUUGGAAUUUGCAUCAGCGUCCGCCAUAGGAUCAGAUAUUUGUGGAGAAGUAAUUGCAGUGGGAUCGGCCGUUCGUGGCAUUUGUGUUGGUGCGAACGUUCUUGCAAUGAGCCUGGAACCACUCCCUCUGCCCAACGUUGUUCACAUAAAUGCAUCACAUGUGGCUUUAUUACCACAAAACUUGACCCAUGUGGAGGGGGCCACCUUGCCUACUGCGUUUUAUACCGUUUAUCACUCCCUUGUCACGGUUGGCAACUUGAGUCGUGGAGAAUGGGUUUUGAUCCACACCGCAUCUGGAGGAGUUGGCCUUGUCGCAAUUCAGAUCGCGCGGGAAAUAGGGGCCAAUAUUGUAUGUACGGCUGGUAGCCGCAGGAAAAGAGCUUACUUAACAGACAUCCUAGGCCUGAAAAAUGUAACUAGCAGCAGGGAUAUCCCCCGUUUUCUAGCCGGAGUGAAAACCGCAACCGAUAACGCUGGGGUCCACCUUGUCCUAAACUCACUCACCUCAAAAGGAUGGAAAGAGGCUUCAAUUUCAGUGACGAAAACAGGAGGGCGAUUCAUAGAGAUGAGCAAACUGAAUGUUUGGACCCAUGCAGAAGUUGAACAACUUCGACCUGAUGUGAAAUACUCGAUUGUAGACCUCAGUAGUCGCGACGAAGAGCGAACAGUCUACCUAGCACAUGAAAUGGAAACUUGGUUGGCCCAUGGGAAACUGCUACCUAUAGCUUACUCGGUUUUUGAACCAGCAGCAAUAAUUUCUGCCCUCGGGCACCUACAAAGUGCGGCCCACAUAGGAAAAGUAGUCAUAAGGUGGACGGAAAAUAUUUUUAAUGAUAGAAGCACAUACUUGCUAACCGGCGGAUGCGGGGCGCUGGGGAUUGAGCUUGCUAAAUUGAUGUUGGCCAAUGGGGCUAAACAUCUUGUUUUAGUGAGUAGACGUCAUGACGGGAGAGAGGCCGUCGUCUCAAAACUUAAGGACCGUGAUGGUCAUUCUAGUUAUGCUGACGACAAAUUGGGGAGUGUGGUUGUGGAAUAUGGUGACAUUUCUACACGUGCCGGGGUAGAUGAGAUACUUGGAAAAAUUUCAUCAUUCGGUAUGCCGUCUCUUAGGGGUAUUUUCCACGUAGCAGGCACCUUGUCGGAUGCGACGAUCCCAAAUAUGACAAUGGAGAAGAUCGAUCUCGUAUGGACAGGGAAGGUGGAUGGUGCCUGGGCCCUUCAUGCUGCAACGUCUCACCUUAAUCUAGAGCAUUUUGUACUGUAUUCGUCGGCCACCUGGAUUCUUGGGUGCCCGGGGCAAGCAAAUUACUCCUCUGCGAAUGCUGCGCUUGCAUCUCUAGCAGAUUACAGGCACCGACUCGGACUCAACGCAACAAGCAUUGCUUGGGGGCAAUGGGGCGAAACCGGAAUGGUGCGGGACUUGGCGAGGAAGGUUUUCGGAGUCAACCCAUUCUCUACCGCACGAGGGAUUUGUACAAUGGAACAUAUUCUUCGAAACGCAACCAUAAUUGGGAACAACGUCAUGGCGGCCGAACUUAGCGGAGAUGUUAAAACUUCGUGGGUAAUAUUGCAUGUCAGGACUCUUUCGAAUGAGCAUGGAGAAGAAAUAUCUGGGAAUUGUAAAAAUAACAAAAAUCAGUUUGAGAAUUUGGAACAGUCCGUUGUUAGUUUAGUCGCAAAAAUGUUAAGAUUCAAAGAUCCCUCAAAACUUAUUGAUACGGACUUGAGUGAUAUAGGUAUGGAUUCUUUAAUGCGAAUCGAAUUGAGAACCAGAAUUCACACACAGUACAACGUUCUUAUAGACGUGUCUGAUUCCGAAAACAUAACAGACAUUGUUGAGUUAGUAACGAAGGCACUCAAAGAGCCGAAAUAA